GGGUUGACCCCAUUAAAUUAGUUUAAAAUCAAUUAAACCCGAUUGUGAUGUUACCGUCAUAUUAUUAUUUACUUCGUACAUAUAAUAUGUAUUAACAUAAACUUCGUGUAGUUGUUGACACAUUCUCAUACAACGGAUGGUUUCUACCGUAUUAUAGUAAACAUCGUAUAGUUAGGAAACUUUUUUCCUAACAUCAACCCAAUCAGCCCUAUAUAUAUUUGGUGCGACGAUAUUCGAUUUAUUUUGAUUAGUAAUUCGGAAAACACAUAACAAAGCGAAAUUCUUGAACCGAAGCUAAACCAAAACACGGUUACUGACACUGGAAUGUCCAUAGUGCUGACAUUUUCAAACUUCCAACUUGAUCCCAUCUCAUUGGUUUCCAAAAAGCAAUGGUCGCCGCCGCCGGAAACUCACCCGCCACCAUGAAAUCCCCUGCCAGUGGAACUCCCGCGUUCGUGAAUUCCAAAAAACGAAAAUCCCACAGAAACCCAACUAAUAAAUCCGAAAAACUCCUUCCGAAUGACCCACUGCUUCGCCGUCUCUCUUCCGCCGCCGCCGCGACCCGUUCCUUUCUCCAAACCAACGAUCUCUUCCUCCCUCCACACCAGUCUCUCCGCAUCGAAUCUCUCCUCUCAUCUCUCCCCAUCGCUCCUUCCCACUCCACCUCCACCACGUGGUUCCACCGCUUCGUAAACUCCGCCUCAGAAAACGACGAUCCUCGCUGGCAUCACUGUUUCCGAAUGUCGAAGCCGACUUUCUCCAAACUCCUCUCAAUCCUCUCCUCCUCCUCCGAUCUUCCUCCCCUUCCUUCGUCCUCGCUCGCGGCUACACUCUUCCGCCUCGCUCACAACGCUUCCUACAGCUCCCUUGCUCAACGCUUCGGGUUCGAUUCCGUCUCCGACGCUUCCCGCGCCUUCUUCACCGUCUGCAAGCUCGUGCACGAGAAACUAGGGCGACUCGACGAUCCCAAACCUGAUUAUUCGCCUCGAUUGCUCCCCAAUUGCUGCGGCGCGUUGGGAUUCGCGAGGUUCGAUGUAGACGGGGAGCUUCUCGAUUCGCUGAUCGUUCAAGCGUUGGUCGAUUCCGCCGGCAGAUUCGCGGAUAUCUCAGCUGGAUGGCCGAGCACGAUGAAACCGGAAGCGAUUCUCCGGCAAACCAAGCUUUUCUCCGUGGCGGAGGAGGAUUCUAGAAGCUUCUUGAAUGGAGCGCCGUGCGAACUUGGAAACGGUGUAUCGGUGCCUCGUUACGUUCUCGGAGAUUCUCGUCUUCCUUUGUUGCCGUGGCUUGUGACUCCUUACAGUUCAAACGAUGAUGAAGAAGAUGGUUUUGAAUUCAACAACGUGGCUCGCGCUGCGUUGCGUGCCGUUGAGAUUGCCUUUGCUAAGGUUCGAGCUCGUUGGCGGAUUCUUGAUAGGAAGUGGAAACUGGAGAUGGUCGAGUUUUUGCCGUUUGUCGUGACUACUGGCUGCUUGUUGCAUAACUUUCUUGUGGAUUGUGGAGACGGUGAUUUGCAGGAAGAGUGUGUGGUGGUGGCUCGUGAUGAUAGUGUGAUGAUGAAAGAUGAAGAGUGUGAGGAGGAGACGAGGAGGUAUGAAGGAGAAGAAUAUGUUGGGUCGAGAAGGAUCAGAGAUGCUAUUGCGGAGAACCUGAGCCGCGUGGCUUCGUCUGAGAAUUUGUAAAUUGUGCAAGUCCAUUUUAGUAUGCAGUUUCUGGCUUGCGGUUGGUAGAUAACGUUAAUGUGUUCAUGAUCUGCUGACUCUAGUCAAAGCCUCUCCUUCCCAAGUCAAACUUCCUUGUUGACUCCCAUUUCCUCCUCUGUUUCCUUCUUCUGUUCUUGCUCAUCUCUUCCAUUCUUCUUGGGGAAGUACACUUUCUGUAACAUAUCUAUUCUCAUAUCCAAACCCAAUUGGAUAACAUUAUCGAGCUCAUCAUGAAGAAGAACUUUUGUUUUCGAUAUGUUAAUAUAAUUAGAUAAGGAAGCUCGUAUUAAGAAAUCCUCUUAUGUUAUUUCAUGGUUGUAGUUCUUAUUUCUUUUUAACAUUUGGUUUUGAUUGAUAAAACUCAGAAACAUACAAGGGUAAUAUCUAAAAGCCAGUAGAAACACCUUAAAUUCUCGGAAACAUGUUUAACAAGAAGGAAUCGCAAACCCAAACAAAAGGUAACACAUACCAAAAUUACAAUAAUCACUAGAUUAGUUUGCACUGCUACUUCUAAACGACUAAACCCAUAAACAAUCUUUGAGAAGGAGAAUAGAAACUAGACCUCUAAGCAUUGAAAACCACACAAGAGAGAGUAAGUGAUGCACUGGUCUUCGCAACGAAACAAGACUAAACAUAUCUAAACCUCCGGCUCAUGGUACCAAGCAAGAGCCACUACCAGAGGAGACUAAAACUGAUGAGGGCAACCAUGGAACAAAAUUCAAAUUUGUAAGUUUUUAAAUAAAGAUUUAUUUAACAUAAAAAUAUAUUUGGAUUAAUUUGUAAGUUAUUAAAAUACAUAGCAUUAUUAGAAUUAAUAAUAAGUAUUAAUAAUAGAAUAUACUUAGAAUAUUCUAUUUUUGAG